UUUUUACAGAGAGGAAGGGAAAGGGAUAGAGAGUUAGAAACAUCGAUGAUAGAGAAACAUCGAUCAGCUGCCUCCUGCACACCUCCUAUUGGGGAUGUGCCCACAACCAAGGUACAUGCCCUUGACUGGAAUCGAACAUGGGACCCUUCAGUCUGCACGUCGACGCUCUAUCCACUGAGCCAAACCGGUUUGGCGACACCAGAUCUUUUUACAGUACCUGUGGUCAGUGGCCCUGAUCCCUUGCUCUGCCUUCUCUUCCUCCUGCCCCUGACCCCCCACAGCCCUGAAGGGUACCAUCCUCCUCAGUGAAAGUUUGAGUGCAAUCUCAGCUUCAAAGGACCAAGGCCAGCAUUGCCUGGGGCUGGCUUACCAUUCUGGAGCCCUCAUGGAGUGAAGGAUGGGAUGGGGACCAGCCAUGCUCAGGAUUCCUCAGGAGGAAGGGAAGGUGGGACCCAGGCCCUGAUUUGCCCUGGUCCACAGACACCAUCCAGAGGAAGUGCGCUGGCCCCAUCCAUAUGGAACUGAAGUGGUGCAGUGUAGAGCAGGGCCCCUGUCCUCUUGUCUGGCUGGCAGGCGGACAUGCAGAUGAGAGUGACUGGGCCAGGGCACCAGGGAGCCCAGGUCCUGGUGAGUGGCCCCCAGCAGAGAGGGAGAGUUGAGCAGCUGGGGACCCAAGGACUGUGUAGUACACCAGGGGCCAAGAGCAGGGGCCAGGUCAGCUCUGCGCGGGUGGAGCCUGCCUUGAGGAAUGGCCUUGGAAUCCUCUUCGACUCCUCAUUCCAAGAUACCCAGGGACAUGUCCCAGCAGGUCGGUCAUCCAGUGGGGGAAGUGGCACUGCUGGCCUGGGAAGAAUGCCCUCUGGGACCACCCCCACUGUCCAGUCCUUGGGUCCUGGAUGGCCCUACUGGACUCUAAGUCCCCACAGAGAUGGAGCCAGCUGGGUGCUGGGCUCUCAUUACCACAACUUCCGGAACCGGCCAUACCCCUUCCAAGCAAGCUCGCCUACUGGGUGCAGAGACCACGGGACCCAGACACUCAGAUUUGGGGAUAAUUUUCCCUGUCACAGGCAAAGAGGAGGGGGGUCCAUCUGUAAGGUGCUCACCUCCUUCUGUGCCCCUCAGGUGUCCUUGAAUACUCCCAGAGACCUGGAUUUGGUCUCCAUUGAUGUGGGGCCCCUGCUUUUGGCUCCUGGAAGUUUCUUUGGGGUCUCAGCAGCCACCGGAACCCUGGCAGGUGAAAACAGAGGAAUGUGCCUAAUGAACCAUCUGAGCACACCUUCUAAGGAGCACUGGAUGUGUUGCCAGCCACUUCCUCACUGUGUGACCUGGGCAAGUCACACGUCCUCUCCUGCCUGCCUUGCAGAGUUGUUGAAAGUCUCAAAUAGGAUAAAACAAAAGAAGCUUUUAUCCCAGCGUUGGCCCCAUAAGUGGCCCUUGCUGGGAGCUGUGGGGCAAGUGGAAGAGGGACAGCCAGGCAUGCUGGGCAGUGCUGGGAUCAGAAGUGACCUAGAGCCAGGCCUUGUCCUUAAGGACCUUGGAGGCUGGCUGAAGGCUGUGGGAGCACAGAGAAAGGGUCCUAACCACCCAGGGCAGCCGGAAGAGCUGCAGGCAAGGUUGGCCCUGGGCACCAGGGAAGACAUGAUUCCAAAGCUGAACUCCAAAGACCAGGAAGAGGGGGAAAGAAUCUUCAACCUGGAGGAGACAUUGAACAGACGCAAGAAGAUCCUGCAGGGUCUCUCUGAGCACUUGGCCCAGGCUGAGAGGCAAUGGAAGCAGCCAGGAUCCCUAGGUCAGGCCAGGCCUGAGGGAGCCUGGGACUCUGCCAGGGUCAGCACCCUGUUCUGUGGACAGCAGUGGAUUCUGCUCCAAGACCUGUAAGAGAUAAGGGAUGCAGUAACCCACGUGGCUUCAAGAGCCCAGGUCUUCUACCUGCCUGUGGGCAUCAAGCAUCACUUAGAGCUGGCUCAGAUCCUGCACCUCCUGCAGGCCUUCGGGCCCAGCAAAAGCAGCAGCCAAGGCCCUCCCCCAGGGCCCUCCUCGUGCCUACAGCCCAGCAUCUUCCUGUUCUUCCUCCUCAUCUUCCUUUUCUUCUUCUAUGUGCACUUCAAGUGGGCCUUCCCAUAG